ACUCUGCUCUGAAUAAAGUUGAGCUAAAGUUGGCAGCUCCCUUGUGCCAAGACUUGGUUCCUGCGUUGCCGUGAGAACAAAGAUUCUUAAUUUAUUUUUCACUGACAUGACAUUUGAUGAUUUGAUCACCACCCACCUGGACUUUUGGACUGGUACUAGGAUUGAUAGCCCAAGGGACACUGAUGCUAAGCUAGCAUUGUUAGCAUUACUUUUUCUGCUCCCGUAACAGUUCUGUUUGUCUCUAGAUGAAAGGACCAAGGAACGAAUAAAGUGGUUUUGCAGCUGAGAGUUCAGCGCUUUUAGCUCUUCACCUAUAGAUGCUUUGUUUAUCAUAUACGAUAGUUCUUUGUACUUCACUCCUGAGGUGCCUAAUUAUGAUUUAAUUUCAGAUCAAACUUCUUGUACAUGAUAACACAACACAGAUUUUUUGGGCUGUUCUGACCUUGUGAGGCAGGCGAUGUUAAAUAUCAAUACUCCCAUAGUUCUUUCUUAUUUUAUGUUUAGGAGUGCAACAUGUUUUGGUAAAAUUUGAUGCUACAGAACAUGAUUCAGAAGAGAGAUCGGUACCAUAGCGUAAAAGUCAACUGCUGCCACUCAGUUUUUUUUGUUUACUUUAGCUUUUGCUUUUCUCUUCGUUUGCUUCUUCUUUCCUUUUUUAUUUAUUAAUUUUCCUCUAGUUCUCUUCCUCCAUUGGUUCCUCUUUUGGGUUUUCUACUUUAAGCAUCUCCUCUUUGCUUGAUGUGAGAGGCAGGGAACCUACUAUAUCUGAGAAUGUGGGAGUCAGUGCAUUUACUUUCACACCAUUUCAGCAUUGGUAACCUAGGUUCAUACCAUCAUGGCGGGGCUUAGUACUGGAGCACCUAUCGUUCAGGUGUAUCAUGAGAAAUCUAUUAUCUUACCUGAUGUGUCGAGGGUGCUUGCAUGCCUCUAUGAGAAGGAUAUCAAGUUUAAGACUCACACGGCUUCUUACAAGAGCCUACUCAGAUUGCAGGCAUUGUCACAUGCUCCAGUUCCAUUCUAUGAUGGGCCUAAAUUUCUAGAAGAAUCCAGAGAAAUCUGCCGCUAUAUAGCAGAAAAAUAUGAACAUCAAGGAUAUCCAUUCCUCCUUGGGAAGGAUGCCCUGGAGAGGGCUUCAGUUGAGCAAUGGCUCCACAACGAGGAGCAUGCAUUCAAUCCUCCAAGCCGGGCCUUGUUCUGCCAUUUGGCCUUCCCCCUGGAUGAAGAAGAUGAUGGUAAUGAUAUUGACAUACAUACAAGAAAGCUAGAAGAAGUUCUGGAAGUUUAUGAGCAAAGGCUCAGUGAUAGUGAAUUCCUUGCUGGAAACAAGUUCACCCUGGCAGACCUUGUCCACCUUCCAAAUUCCCACUACAUCACAGCAUCUGACAAGUUCCUCUACUUGUAUGACUCGAGGAAAAAUGUGAGGAGGUGGUGGGAUGCUAUUUCUACCAGGGAUUCUUGGAAGCAAGUACUGAGGGAUAUGAAGACUGUGGAGGAGCAGCACAAACAAGAACUCAAGAAGCAACAGCAGCAGAAAGAGCAUCCUACAACCUCGGGCCACCCAAUUCGGAUAGACCCUCUGAAGAAGACCAGCACAGAACCUUGGACAAUAUUGGUUCCUCCUGCUGAUACUGUGUCCUCAUCUCCCACAGUUCCUCAAAUAGAGAAGCCUCUUGCUACUGAUAUUUUCCCCGAUGGAGCACUGGCAUCCUCAAGCCAAAGUACUCCUAUUGCUCAUGAAACUUCAGUUGCCCAAAGCAAGGAAACUACCUUCUUUACUACCCCUCAAGAAAAACCUACCAUUGCCCAGAAGCCCCCAAUAGUUGAUGUUGCCAAAUCCAUCACUAAAGAAGCCUCAAGUCCUGAACCCACUGAAACAGAUCUCCCUACUAGACACAAGCCAAGUUCGGUCAAGGAUGUUGCUCCUUCGACGCAAUUAAUUUCCUCUACUGAACCAAGGAAUGGAAUUGCUAUUGUUGCUGCACCCAGUCGAGCCAAAGACUCGCAAACAACUCCUGGUCGACAAGACAUAUUGUCUGCACCAGUAGGAUUGGUACCUCCAUUCUCAGAUACCCAGCAUCCUUCAGGGGAAGUUCAGGAAUAUGUACCUGCUGAUGACUCAGGAAAAGCUAAGCCUUCCAAACCAUCCUCUGCUAUUCGAGAAGAAAGCCCCCCUACAGUAGUCCCAGCAUCAGCUCCAGACACACAACAUGGUACUGAACCUGAUGAUGUAGCCCUUGAUGAACAAAAAUUUUCUCCGUCAGGUCAAGAUUCUACGCAUCCUAUACAAACGGCUUCCUCUGCCAAGCCAAGGAACGAAGAGAUUAGAGACUCAGCUCCUUCGACGCAACUGAUUUCCUCUAUAGAACGAAGUAAUGGAGAUGCUACUGUUGCUACAUCAGAUCAAGCCAAAGACCUGCAAACAACUCCUGGUCGACAAGACAUAUUGUCCGCACCAAUAAGAUCGGUCUCUCAGCGUCCUUCAGGGGAAGUUCAAGAAGAUGUACUUGCUGAUGACUCAGGCAAAGCUAAGCCUUCCAAACCAUCCUCUGCUGUUCGAGCAGACACCCCCCCUACAAUGGUCCCAGCAUCAGCUCCAGAUACACAACAUGGUACUGAACCGGAUGAUGUAGCCCUUGGUGAACAAAAAAUUUCUCCGUCAGGUGCGCAUCCUAUAAAAAUGGCUUCCUCUGCCAAGCCAAGGAACGAAGAGAUUAGAGAUUCAGUUCGUUCGACGCAACUGAUUUCCUCUAUAGAACAAAGGAAUGGAGAUGAAGUUGCUACAUCUGAUCAAGCCAAAGACUCGCAAACAACUCCUGGUCGACAAGACAUAGAUACCCAGCAUCCUUCAGGCAAAGUUCAGGUAGAUGUUCCUGCUGAUGACUCUGGUGAAACUAAGGCUUCGAAACCACCGUCUACUGUUCGAGAAGACAGCCCGACUACAGUGGUCCCAGCAUCAGCCCCAGACACACAAAAGCUUGCCCCAUCAGGUCAAGAUUCUGCUCGUCCUGUAAAACCGUCUUUCUCUACUGAACCAACAAAAGAAGCUGCUGCAGACAAAGCAAAAACUCCAUUCCCAGAUACCCAGGAUGCAUCAAGGAAAGUUCGGGAUAAUACUCCUGAUGAUCAUAGCAUUGAUGAGUCACUUCCAAGCCAGGAGCAAGUUUCUCUCGGAGGAUAUGCUUCUGAACCACGUGAAGGGCAAUCUACUUAUCCAUAUAGAACCGAUGUUAAUGAAAAGAUAACCAAAUCUCCAUCUAGCCAAGAAAACAAUUCAGAGGUUGGGCCUGAUUUGACGCCGGCUCGUCAUGAUCGCCCUUCAAUUGGUGAUGAGCCAACCAAAAGUAUUUUCCCUGAGCAUGGGGCACAGCCACCUGUAGCAACUCAAGAUGUAUCAAUCGAUGCAUUGGGCAAGGCUAAAUCAAGUGAUCAAGAAGCCAUGGCACCUAUAGCGGACCCAGCAUCCAUUCCGGACACCCAGCGUGGUACCGCACAAGGUGAAGCUGCCUCAGCUGAACAGAAAUUUGCUGUUUCUGGUCAAGAAUCAGCUCAUACUUCAGAACCACCUUCCUCUACUGAACCAAGGAAAGAAGAGACAAAUGCUGCCACCGCUGAUCAAACGAAUGUACCAGAGACAAUUUUUGACCAUCAAGUCACAAGGCUGACACCAGAUGCUAGAGAAGCUUUACGUAAGGAUCAGGAAUCCUCUCAUGAUGAUUAUCAUGGAAGCACUUUAGCGAACCCACUUAUUGUCAACCAAGAACAAGCCCACACUCAUGCUGGACGUGCUUCUGAACCACGUGAAGAACCUACUCCUGAUGUGCAUAGUGCUGGUGUUGAUAGGAAGACGACACUUCCGCCUAGCCAAGCACAAACUUCAAACACUGGGCCUGAUUCGACACCAAUCAGUGGUGAUGUGGCAGCGACAAGUUCUAUACAGAAUCAAGAGGCACAACCUCCUGUGGCAACUCAAGUACCAACCAUUCAGGCUCCACAAGGCCUUGCUUCCACCCAGAAUAUACCUUAUGAUUCCUUAGGAAAAAUCGAGCCACCAAUACCACCCUCGACUGAUCAAGUCAUGGCACCUAUAAAGAGCCCAGCAGCACCUUCAGAUGAUCCACAAGGUACUGAACCAGAUAGAAAUUCAGUUCGUCCUCAACAAGAAGCUUCCUUUGAGUUGCCAAGUGGCGAGGAAACCGCUAUGAGCCAAGGUGAUCAGGUCAACACCCUACCAAAUGGCAAUCUCUCAGACAAUCAAGUAGUCGGGCAAUUUGAGAGAGAGAGAUCUAAAGGAAUGAAUUCCCAAAAGAACCUUGAAGGAACAUCAGCUGAUGAAAAAUCCAAGACGCAACUGCAAACUGACAGCUCCAACACCCAAUCAUCUAAAGAUAACAACAAUGAAGUCAAUGGAACAACAGGAUCUAACAUAUCGGCAACAUUUGGGGAACUCCAAAAACAGCCAUCACGGCCCAUGGAAAGCAUUGAAUCGAGUAAAGAACCUGAGCACCAACAACAGGCUGACCAAGCUAUUGUUCAAUCACUGCAGGGUAACAACAAGCAAGUUGAAGAAACUAAGGCACAGGACACUGGAACUGAUAAGCCUGAAGAAAUGGAGCCCCCAGAAAAUACCAAUCAGAAGAACAACAGAAUAUCUCAAGCCGAAGCUUUAGAUCAUUCAGGAAAACAAGCUUCAGGAGUUCAGCAGCUGGAUGAGAACACAAAAAAUGCUUCCAACCCAACUGAGGACACACCAGGUGGUCUCCAGAACCUUAAUAAAUCCAAGGAUAAUUUAAGAUAUUCAGAAGAAUCCAAAUUGCAGGUACAGACUGAAGGCAAGAUUCAAGGUGGUGAAACUGAGGCACCAAUCUCUGAAACUGAACAGCUUAAAGAGAGAGGCCUUCCAGCAAAUAGCUAUCGGAACAACAGUAGCCAAUCUCAGGCAGAAGCUUCAGAUAAAUCCAUAGAACAAUCUUCUCCUGGUAUUCAGAACAAGAACAAAAACUCCAGCAGAUCGGAUGGCUCAACCAAUGACACAGAGUCUGGCAAUAUGGAAGAUUAAAUACCUGUGAAUCACAGUGCCAUGGUUCAUCAACGAACACGUUACGUUGGAAUGCACUACUGAAUAAGUGGCAAGUAAUAGCAAGUGUUUUGUGAAUGCAUAUCAUUUGUAAUUUAUCUUUUUUUGCUUAUCCGUUAUGAUCGAAUAAGGUCAACUCUCCUGACAUCCUUAUAUUGAUGUCGUUAUCUUCAACUUAACAUGUCUGUUGUUGUGUUGAACGCAAUGACUGCAUGUGGAAGUACUUCUUUUUUACCCUGAUUUUUAUAUAAUGAGAAUGCAGCUAUGUAUUCUUUUUUAUCAGCACUUUUGUU